GUUUGCUCUCUCUACUAUCUCCCUUAUAUUCCUCUUCUUUAAAACUUCUCCACGUGAAUACAGAUCUCAAUACAAGAAAACAUCACUCCCUGUUCAGUGUUCUGGCACUGGAGGCCACUCUUACUUUCACUGGUUGUGUUACACCUUGUUAGUUACCUUUAUGUUCCGGCUGUCGACAGCUAUUUAGAUACUCUUGGAUGCUUGGACACAAUUUUGAUAGUAUUGUUAGCAGAGCUUGUAUCUUGCGUGCGAUCAGGCGCGAUAUUGCCAAUAUUAGGUCGAAUAGGUCUUGGUGUAGACCCAAAGAAUCUCAUCUCGUGGAUGUUUUAACUGUAGCCUACACUUCCAGAAGUCGGGUAGCGUCCUUGAAAACUCUCCUUCAAACUCUGUGUGUUUACAAAAAUCAUUUGUAUUUCAAAAUACAUCUUGCCGCCAGAGCAGUUCAAGUUUGUAAUAUUUUAAGGUAAGACUAUUUCAGGAAUGAAAUGAACAGAAAAAAAUGUGGUAACUAUACUAUGUGCUAUAGAGAAGCUAGGGUUAGUGCUCCAUUGGGGAGGGGGGGCAAGAGAUUUCUUCAAGAAAAAACAACAACUCUACAGUUGGCUAAAACUGCCGCCCCUAACUAAAAAGAAACGAAUCUGUCUUUCGUUUAAUACAAUUUAAGUUGAGUUUUAAUUUCUUUGAGUGUACUUUCAUGGUCCUCUCCUUUGUGUUUUUUCCUCGGGGGUUUUCUUCGUCUUUCAAUUUCUUAGUAUACAUCUCUUAUGUAUAUCUUAUAUAUAUAUAUAUAUAUAUAUAUAUAUAUAUAUANUGGCUCCCCACACAGCCACCCACUUCAUUGGCUCCCCACACAGCCACCCACUUCAUUGGCUCCCCACACAGCCACCCACUUCAUUGGCUCCCCACACAGCCACCCACUUCAUUGGCUCCCCACACAGCCACCCACUUCAUUGGCUCCCCACACAGCCACCCACUUCAUUGGCUCCCCACACAGCCACCCACUUCAUUGGCUCCCCACACAGCCACCCACUUCAUUGGCUCCCCACACAGCCACCCACUUCAUUGGCUCCCCACACAGCCACCCACUUCAUUGGCUCCCCACACACCCACGCACUGAUUAAAACUGUCUGUUCUUUGUCACAACGUUUUUCUCUGGUUCCUACCCUUCCUAUCUUACUGAACUUCUUUCUGUCUAUUCACCUCUCCGAAACCUUCGUUUCUCCGCAGACACGCCUAUUCUUUCUGUUUCCAGAACACGCGCUAAAACAUCUGGUGAACGAUCUUUCUCUUUCUGCGCCCCCAAACAAUGGCUUUCUUUCACUACACAUCCGCAAUAUACCGACCAUCACAGCCUUCAAAACUGCACUCAAAACACAUCUCUUUAACCUCUACUAUCCUGACGGAUUCCCUGCUCUGACCGAUAAACGAUGGUGCCGGCUGCCGUCCAUGGCUUGACAUGUAAAUAGCUCUGGGGUGUGUGGGGUGAAGAUACAUCUGUUUUUGUUUUGUUGUUAUAUAGCUGUUUUUUAAUCAAUUAAAUAAAUGAAUGUUAAUUUUAUUGUCAUGAUUUUGUUUGCUGAUAUUUUGAAGUACAGCGGGGAUGAGUGCAGCCCUAGACUGGGGUACCGCGCUAUAUUAGACCACUAAUAAUAAUAAUAAUAAUAAUAAUACCUAAGGUUCAAUCUUAGUUUUACGUAAGGAUUUGGAGCGAAUCUCAGAGCUUGAGCUUGAAGGUCUGGAGCAGGGUCUUUUUGCCCGGAGCUCGAGAGGAGCUGGUAAAAAUGUUCCGAGCUCCAAAAAUUAAUUCAAGAUAUGCAAAAAAACGUAUACAUUUUAAAUUUUAAAUCAAUUAGUUAAAAUGUAUGCCUUAUUUUCCAAGAUGUGUUGCCCGCACUCUUCUGUAAGCUCCGCUGCCUCCACUAUUCAACCACCUACUCUUCUACCAGGUAAAUUGUACCGACUAUUCUUCCAACUAUGUUGCCCCAAAUCUUCCAUCAGUUAUAUUGUACCGACUAUUCUUCCAACUAUGUUGCCCCAACUCUUCUACCAGUUAUAUUUUAGUGACUAUUUUUCCACAUAUUUUGCCUCACUCUUUUACGAGUUUAAGUUACACUAACUAUUCUUCCACCAAUGUUCCAACACUCUUUUACCAGUUAUAGUAACUCUUCUACCAACUAUGUGGCUGAAUUGGAAUAUGAAUUUUUAAUGCCUAGUUAAUAAGACGAUGUAAGUGACAACAAUAAAUACAUGUCUUUAAAAUCUUAACACUACCACUCUAACCUCGCAAAGAAUUUUUUUUUUUUUAAAUGAUCAUUUGAAUGAAUUUUAUUUAAAGUCAUUACUGCACAUGUCUGUUGUCCGUAAUUGAAGCAGAAGGUAAAAAAAAAUAGAGCCACUAGCUACCACACCAUAGUGUGUAGACUAUAUAAACCAACAAUGAUAGCGAAUUUUUAUAUAAUUUUAAUUUCUCUGUGUCCUUAUCACUCAAAAGAUUUUCAUUUGUAUGCAUUGUUUUACAUCAUUUCUCCAACUCAGUGUCUCAAAAACAAAGGCAAUGGUUGUUGAUUUCAGGAGGGGGAAACCCCAGAUUACAGAUCUCAAAAAAAACGCCACCAAAGUGCAGAGAAAGUAGAGGCAUAUAAGUACUUAGGUGUCACCAUUAUUUGUAAGUUAACAUGGCAUGAGCACUGCCAAAUCCUGUAUAAGAAAUUCAACCAAAGACUGUUCUACCUCAAAAAACUGUACAAUUUUGGCGUAAAAAAAAGCAAUCGGUAACUUAUUCUGAAGUGCAACAAUUGGAAGCCUGCUUAAUUUCAGUAUUACCUGCUGAUGUGGGAAUUCAACUUCUGAUAUUUAACACCGCAUAAACCGACUAAUCAAGAACACUAGGUACAUUAACACAAACUAAACAUCCUUCACUUGAAGAACUAUUUAAAGAAAGAUGUUUUCGUAAACAAAACCCAUUUUGGAUGAUUGAUCACACCCUCUUCACCACAAAUACUUCAGAUAGGCCCGUUCGGGACGAAUUCUUUCCGUCAGGGCGAGGAUUGAAAGAUAUAAAAAUUCUUUUCUUUCCAGAUAUGUACAUAUUUACCAGCGUGCUCCCACUGAAGUCAAACAUGUUCAAAAGAACUAAUAAGUCCCUUAUAUGGCUGAGAGAAUUCACUGAAUGGCUGGGCUUUUCUUAUGGGGUUUUGUUUCCUAGUGAAAUCAUUGAUUAUAAAUUAUGUCUUGUGUUCAAAUUGUUUUAUUUAUGUGCUGAAAAUAUAUAACGCAAUCACAAAGCAUUUCCAUUUGUUUGGAUCAAUAAAAUAAUCUUAUCUUAUCUUAUUACAUAAUCUGGUCAACUUGAUCUAAUUACAUUAUCUGGUCAACAUGAUCCCAUUACAUUAUCUGGUCAACUUGAUCCCAAUACAUAAUCUGGUCAACUUGAUCCCAUUACAUAAUCUGGUCAACUUGAUCCCAUUACAUAAUCCUGUCACGUUAUAAAGCUAUCUAAUUUUCAACACUUUACACCUGUGCACGCUGAUGACUUCUCUAAGUUUGGGUUACACCUUUGAUGCAAGCACACACUCCAUCGGUUACGCCUUUGAUGCAAGCACACACUCCAUCUUUCGUUGCAUUCUUUACCAGGGGGGAAUCAGGCCACAGCCUAAGAGAUCAGUCUUGAAGGUCUCGGUCAGGCUGACACAAAAGUUAUUCGUUCGGGCUGUCUUAGCUUGCGACUGGCUUUUGCGUUCUUAUUGGAAAGUCAAGCCGCAAAGCUGACGUGAAGUCCCUGGCGUCAUUUCUCCUUAAUUUUGACAAAGAGUAUGAAGCCUUUCGAUAUUUAAACACAAUUUCACAUCGAAGCAGCAGCUUUGUUAUUUUUUAACAAUAUCAACCCUUGAUAUCAGUUGUUUAUUUUUGCUUAUCCCGCUACAGCAUGAUAAAAGAAAUUCUUAUUUCGGGAUCCUAUAAUCCCGGGUUAAAGUUAAUUUAAUAAAAAUAUAUUAUAUACUAAAUUCAACGAUACAAGAGUGUUUUUUUUUUUUAUUUUAUUUUUUAUAAACAUAAUUAUUGGUUAGUUGUUAUUGUCUAUUGUUGAGAAACGAUGUUACGGUUAUUUGAGACAGUUGAGAGGUUGAGACAGUUGAGACGGUUUAGAGGUUGAGACAUUUGACAGGUUGCUCAUGUGCUUCAUGGCUGUCGAAAUGUAACCUUUGAUGUCCUGUGGUCAUCCACUCUUCUGAUCCAGACGCUCAACCAUGGAACAUCUUUAGUACUACACAUACCAGUGUAACCGACAACAAACACUGGAUAUAUCGGUAUGAGUUCAAUGUAUAAUUUUAAUAUGCCUCGUAAGACUGACAAAUCAGUGUACUUCACAAUACAACUUGUAAACUUAUCAACGUUCAACUUCACGAUCUAUCUAGCUGAAUCCUCACACAUAGAAAGCUAAGCCUUGAACAUCACACAGCAAGCUAUGUCUUGAACAGCACACAACUGCCAUCUCUGUUCUCUAUCAACAACGAAAACUAACACGUCAUAUCCCACUACACAAUUACGUCACAACACUCUCACACAAACGAUACAGCUACACAUAAAAUCUCUAACUAAACAUCUCUUCCCUAUCAAACAUGAAAACAAUGAUCUACACAUAACAACAGUGAUUCUCAUACACUUGGCAAUGGCCCCCUACUUAGCCCAAAGAACACACAGCUAUGGUUAAUAAUAUGCCAGCUAAGCAAAUGUCGGAUAUGGCCACCUGUAUAAAAAAAAAGUGUACACUUUAUUUGCGUUUUGCAUUCUUUACUGAUCGCAAAUUUUAAAUUAGUUUCAAAUAAGUCCAGAAAUAUUUGCAAGCCAAUGUUUCUAACAACUUGUAAUCACUGUUCUUUCACACAAUUUCCUGGAAAAAAGUGGGGUGGUGGGCGGUCAGAUUUUUGAAGGGGCAGUGCGAGUGACCAGAGAUGAAACUAAGACGGGCAGAAGGGGGAGGGAUCUCGCAAGGCGCCAUAUUUGCGGGGAUGAAAAUAACGUUUUCAGAGUGGCGAAGGGGGUGUGAGAAAAUGAUUCUUAUCCCCUAAUGCGUGACACUCGAGCUACGCCCCUGCUAAUGGCAUAGAAAUACGGUGGAUGUGGUGAUUCGCCCAGGCGUCAUUUUUUUUCUUUAUAUGGAGGGGGCGGCAUACUUUUUUGAGAACCUCGCUAUUGUUGAUCCAGAUUUUGUAAAGCUUCUUUCAAUGUAUAUUUCAUUUUUUUUAAGCUGAGCUGCGAAAUUUGAGAAAAAAAAUGUUUCGCAGUGAAGUAAUUAUUAAAUUGUGUUAAUUGAGUUUUCUAUCUUUUCAGAUCAAAGCACAUCAUGACGUCAUUCAGGGUAAGUCACUAUGUUUUGGCUUAUUUACCCCCCCCCCCCUCUGAAACCUAAAGAGUUGCCUCAAAACACCAGCAGGAGGUUUAAUACUUUCUCAAUCUCUGUGAACUUUUCAAAGUCCGUAGAAACUUUUUUCGCCCUUCUUUAUAUUCUUUUACCNAUUUUUGGACACAUUCUGCAUCCAUUAUCCUGAAAUUCGGAAGUCUACAAAAAGACUAUAUAUAUAUAUAUAUAUAUAUAUAUAUAUAUAUAUAUAUAUAUAUAUAUAUAUAUAUAUAUAUAUAUAUUAUAUCAAUAUAUUUGAUGAUCGGAUAUAGAUAUGUAUGAACGAUGUUUCGAUACCUGUACAGUAUUCCAUUGUAAAUGAGGGUGGGAUGUAAAAGUUUCACAAGAUUAUGUUUCUUAAAAUAGUUCUCCAAGUAAAGAAUGUUUCAUUUGUGUGAUAUUACCAGCUUUCUUUAAUUGUCUAUUAAAUGGGGUCCCUAAUAUUAUGUUCGAAUAAACUCUAUAACUACCUGUAGGCUUAUGUAACAAUUUACGGUUUAAAAUGACUGAUGGGUGUAUGGACAAAUCUAAGUAGCCAUACCUUUCAUAUUCCAGACUCAAAUACUGCUGUAUAGUAAACUAGUAAUCUACACUGCUGAGACCGGAUAUUAGUGUUCAAUUAUCCAGAAAGUUCUAUGUUGUUCCACAAAGAAAUAAACAGUAUACAAAUGUCAAUGGGAUCUACAAGUUUAGGGAAUGUUCAAUAAAUUUUGAUAGAUUUCUAUAUUGCCAAAUUGGCUGAGGCUGGCCCUGACUAUUUGGAGUUUUUUUCAAAUGAUUUCAAUGGGACAACUUUGAAUAUAAAGUGUGUUCAUCACAUAAUCCAAAAUACUCACUCCUGUAAAAUAUUAAGAUCAGGUACUUUUGGCGCCGGGGUCCCAAAAGUCACAAUUUAAAAGGCAAAAAUCUUUGUAAAAUUCCAUGCGAUUUCAAAGGGAUCAAUUUGAAAAUUAAACUUGAAUCUUCACUUGAAUGAUUUUUGUGUAAAUCUUAGGGAGGGUGUUGGGUGGCCGAGCUGUUCAAACUGAGCAAAUCUCAAGUUGAUGGUCUGGAGCUCAAUCACCACCAAACUGAGCAGAUCUCAAGUUGAUGGUCUGGAGCUCAAUCACCACCAAAGUGAGCAAAUCUCAAGUUGAUGGUCUGGAGCUCAAUCACCACCAAAGUGAGCAAAUCUGAAGUUGAUGGUCUGGAGCUCAAUCACCACGAAAGUCAACAAAAACAUCACCAGCACCACGGGUGGAUGAGACUCGUUAACCUUGGACAGCAACUCAUCUAAGAGAAGGAAAAUCAGAAUUCAAAACCCGGAACGAGUCUCGUGGGGGUGGGGGGGGGGGCAUAAAAAAAGGGUACAAUGAAACAUUCCGACCAUUCCUGCGACGUCACAUGUGCCAAGCUUUAACACCAUCAUGUGGAUGAUCUCUUGGGUUAUCCAGCGGCGACUUGCUUUUGGGAACCAACUUAUAAUCCUCGAAGAAUAAUCCCAGGCCUUUUGGAUUUCGUCCUACGAUCUCCUCACCAUCGUCACACUGAUCUUAAGGAGAUCUACAAUGGCUCAUUUUGGAUUGGGUUGCGAAGAUCCUCUUUUACUUUCAUAGAUAAAUGGAUAUAAAUUUGGCAUUAGUGAAUACCCUUUUUUUCAUUAAAUGAGAUUGGUCUACACAAGUCGUGGUUUAUGACUGGUACCGUUUUAAAUAUUAACGGAGAAGAGCUGGGCUAGAAAUUCAAUGUCAACAUCAGUUAUUAUAAAUCUGGCUUUUUUUAUUGGAGAAAUCGUCAAAUUUUGAUUGUAACUUUUUCAAGUGUUUUUGAGAGGGCCCUAAAUAUAAGCGUUCAUUGUUGUUUUUUUGUUGUUGUUUUUUUUUAACACAUUUUUUUUCCAAAUGAAACCCGAGCAUCGUAGAGUAUAUUGGCUAGUGCCGAGCAUCGUAGAGUAUAUUGGCUAGUGCCGAGCAUCGUAGAGUAUAUUGGCUAGUGCCGAGCAUCGUAGAGUAUAUUGGCUAGUGCCGAGCAUCGUAGAGUAUAUUGGCUAGUGCCGAGCAUCGUAGAGUAUAUUGGCUAGUGCCGAGCAUCGUAGAGUAUAUUGGCUAGUGCCGAGCAUCGUAGAGUAUAUUGGCUAGUGCCGAGCAUCGUAGAGUAUAUUGGCUAGUGCCGAGCAUCGUAGAGUAUAUUGGCUAGUGCCGAGCAUCGUAGAGUAUAUUGGCUAGUGCCGAGCAUCGUAGAGUAUAUUGGCUAGUGCCGAGCAUCGUAGAGUAUAUUGGCUAGUGCCGAGCAUCGUAGAGUAUAUUGGCUAGUGGCUAAUAUAGAGACCGUUCAAGUCAACGCUAUGAAAUAUAAUAUUUAAUUAUUUUUAAAGUCUAAUUAUUUUUUUUAACACAAUAAUAUUUCGUAUUUCUCUUCAUACUGUUGCUUAUUGUUUUCAGUAGUAGUUAGCAAAAUGACAACUUGAAGUUCACCCUUAAAUGUUUCUGUGCGUGUGACCUAAUUCAUGACGUAAGCAUUUCAAUCAGCUGAAGCAAACAUAUGAUUUUUCGAAUAUUGGAGGGAAAGAAUAGGGGGGGGGGGCGCUGUGUUCAACAGUCACGCUUAUUACAACCCCAGAUAUUAGUAAUGAUUGGGAUUCUUUUAAAGUGUGUCUUUUGAAUGCAUGUCUUGUAAAGUAGCAUCAAAGUAGAUGGGAAGUUCAUGCAAUGCCGUCGCCAUUGUUGGGCAGAUCAGUUCUAGUAGUUACAAUCAAUAUCUGUAGUGUAUUUCGUGUCAAGACAAAUUAAUGUAAAUUUUAAAUUUAUUUAAAUUCAGUCAAAGUUUUCUCUUUUCUAAAAAGAAUAUUGUCUUUAUUUACGACGUUGCUUAAGUUGUUAUUUUUAUUUUUUGUUGGGUUUUUUUUUUUUUUUUUGGUACGUCAAAUGAGUGUUUGCGUUUUUGAUUAAUUUUUUAAAUUGAUUAUAAAAAUAAAACAAUGAACUUUUUUUUUUAUUUUUGUUGUUUGUUAUGUUGUUUUUUUUUUUUUUUUUUUGUUUUUUUUUUUUUUUUUUUUGGUACGUCAAAUGAGUGUUUGCGAUUUUGAUUAAUCUUUUAAACUGAUUAUAAAAAUAAAACAAUGAACUCCUAGUUAAGCACUGGAAACUCUCUCGGUUCCCAAUUAUCUUGUAAAAGGUGAAUGGAAACAUUGCAAGGAAAAAUACUGCACAGCUCACCUGGCACACUGCCAUUGAGUUUUGUGUGUAACAGAAUUCUACUCGCUAGAUCUGGGUCAAUACCUGAGCCAUCUAACCCUCAUACCUGAUUUAAAAAGCAAAAAGAGUAAAUUAUAUAAUGAAAUCGUGCGUAUUAAAUACACGUUGUUGUUGUUUGUUUUUUUUAAUUGACAGUAUGAAGACUUACAGAUCACAUUGACAGACAAACCAUCUCCCAAACCAGACGAUGAAGAACUUAGGUUUGGGGCUAACACCUCUGACCACAUGUUCGAGGUGGACUGGACUCUUGAGCACGGCUGGGGCACACCACAGAUCAAGCCAGUCGCCCCUCUACAGAUUCACCCAGCUGCUAAAGUGCUGCACUAUGCAUGUGAGGUGGGUCGUACGCAUGUGAGGUGGGUCGUAAGCAUGAGAGGUGGGUCGUAUAUGAGGUGGGUCGUUCGUGAGGUGGGUCGUAUGUGAGGUGGGUCAUAUGUUGGGUGUCCUAUGUGAGGUGGGUCCUAUGUGAAUGGGUUUAUUUGAAUGUGAGUUGGGUCGUAUGUGACGUGGGUCAUAUGAAUGUGAGGUGGUUCAUAUGUGCGGUGGGUCGUGUGCAUGAGCGGUGGGUCGUAUGUAAGGUGGGUCGCAUACAUGUGAGGUGGGUCGUAUGUGAGGUUGUUUGUAUGUGAGGUGGGUCGUAUGCAUGUGAGGUUGGUCGUUCGAGAACAUUCUGAUUUUUAAGUACAACGAAUCUCGUUCGACUUUGUCUUGACUCCUGAUAACUCUUGUUACCAACCCUGGGUUCUUUCAACGCAAUUCUCAAGUGAUUCUACUAUUUCCAAAUAAGUCGCACCUAUUUCUUACUAUAAUUGUUUUCAUGACUAGCUCUAUGCAUAAUGAACAUUUUCUCAACACUGCAGCUGUUUGAGGGUAUGAAAGCUUACAGAUGUAUAGAUGACAAAAUAAGACUAUUUCGACCAAUGGAGAACAUGCAACGCAUGGCUAACACUGCAAAAAGGACAUCAUUGCCUGUAAGUGAGAAAUGCAUGUCAUUAACCUUCACCCUUCCAGUUCAGUAAGUCAUUGGGUCAUCAGUAUAAUCAAGGCUGAAGGAGUAAGAAACAUGUUUAUAAUAUUUCAAGGUUAAAAGCUUAAAAUAAAGUUAUAUUGUUUAAAAUUUAGAAGUUUUCACCAAAUUAUAAAAACCUUUGGAAUACUUUGAAAUUGCAAUGUUCUUCUACUUCCAAUAAUCUUGGCUCUGUAAGGUUCUUCUUAUAUGAUGUGAGUAAUAUAGCCAAACAUUGAACAUGGUUUGAUGUCGUUGUGUUUUCUCUUUGUUUGUGCAGUAUUUUGACCAAACCGAGUUUCUCAAAUGCAUCAAGAAACUCAUCAGCAUUGAUCAAGAAUGGGUGCCUCACUCCCAGAAGUGUUCACUGUAUGUUCGGCCCACUUUUAUUGGCACUGAGGUAAGAAGUCUUCAGGACAUAUUAUGUGAACAAGGUCUGGGAGAAUGUGAAAAAAAAAGGACGCAACAAUGAACGUGUUGGCAAGAUGUCUUCUUAAAUGAAUAAACAAGGAGAAACACACAAAUUAAAACUAAAAUAAGCACUUAGCUAAAAUAGGAUAUCCAAAAGAGCAGCAACAGGAAUGUCACAUUGCGUUGUUUUAGUUGCGUCCUUUUUCCAGCUUUUCCCAUACCUUGCUUCAAAUAUUUCCUUCUACCUAACCUGAUUACAGUCUCUCUCCAAAUAUUAUCAAGAAGUUUUCAACGGGAUUUAAAUUUUAAAAAAUUCGGGAAAAUUUUUUUUAUUUAAAACAAAGAAGAGGAAGGCUUUAAAAAUUCCAAAGACAACAAACAAAACAAAAACAAAUAAUUUGACAUUCAUAAUACAUCAAUAAUACAGUUUUUUUUCAACUUUAAUAAAAAUCGAAUAAUUUUUUUAAAUAAAGCAAAUGGUUUCAAAUUAAAAAAGUUUAAUUUCUUUUUUGUAUAGAAAAUCUGUUUGAUUAUAAUUAUAUUAAGAAUAUUUUCUCUUUAAACAUUUUUUUUUUAAAAAGUAAUACAACCUCGUUUUUGUACUUAAUAAGACAAAGAUGCCAAAUCACUGGCAAAAUGUCUUUAGUUUCACAUAGAGGUGUCGUCUUCAGAACAGUUUCCAGGCGUAUAUUUUAUUUGAUAUCCUCAGCCUAGAUUAGUCGUCAGUGCUCCAAACAUGGCCAAACUUUUUGUGAUCACGUGUCCAGUGGGACCCUACUUUCCUACAGGCCUUAAACCAAUUAGUCUUCUCGCUGACCCACAGUAUGUCAGGGCUUGGCCAGGAGGCUGUGGCAUGUACAAAAUGGGCAGGUUGGUUCUGUUUGUAGUCGGACAAUUACAUUUACACAUAUUCAGUUCUGAAAAAUCACGAUCAUAUUUUUAGAUGAGAUAAGUAACUGAUGAAUUCUGAUUUAAAUCAAUGCUGUAUAGUUCCUAUUGGUAAGGUGCUCUAAAUCAAAGUUCCAUUUCAAGUUAAAGGUGGGAAGGGAAUGGAAGAAGGCGCACAAAACAAAAACAAAAUAAAUGUUUGAAUGUGAAAUAACCACUCAUCAAUUGUAGGGAGAAAAACUUAUCUCACAAAGUCAAAAUGUUUAGUUAUGGUAGUACAUUCAUCUAUAUCUAUAAUUCGCCAGCGAAAGUAGGGCAAACAAGAGGCAGGCUAUAAAUAGAUACACCAGAGCAAGCAAGACGCAGGCAAACCCUCCCCUCCCUUGCCUUGCCUGCCCAUCGUUGGUGUCGAGACAUGCGCUCUGCGGUGGAGCUACCGCGCCCCCUCCUGCACCCCACUCGCUUGCCAACCAUUCGCACACCCCAACAAGCUCGCCUCGCGGAGUAUGCUAAGCCGGGAGUCGGCUAUAUUUAUAUAGUUCAUGGGCGUGAAAUUAAAAGUGUGCAGUGAGUAUCAUUUUUUUAAAAAAAAAGGGGGGGGUAGCAAAAUUGGCGGCAUCCUUAAAUGUGUGUAACUUGAUCUCACGUUAUUGUCAAGUAACUUUAGUAGAUGGGAACUUCACGCCUUGCUGUCGCCAAUGUUUGGCGAACUAUAUCUAGGUCUGAGCCAGCGAACAAUUCUGCAACAUAUGCUUCGCCGCAGGUCGUCUAGUUUGGAAUAAAAGACUUAAUAAUGAGUCCAAAAGUUAUCUUUUUUUACCUGCACAGCAACUAUGCACCAACAACAGCCAUACAGAUAAUUGCAAAUGAGAAACAUGGCUGCCAGCAAGUCUUAUGGUUGUAUGGAGAGGAUCACCAGAUGACUGAAGUGGGUACCAUGAAUUUAUUCGUCUUUUGGACCAAUGAGCAAGGAGGUAAAAAAGUUAUCAUUUUUAUUAAUUUUGUACUAAAGAGCACCUUAAUUUUAAAAAAUAAUAUUAAUAAGGUUUGUUUUGCCUUUAUUGAUAUGGAUAUAAUUAAGUUGUAAUGUCUCUAAGUUCUUGUAAAGUCUAUUUAAUUUAAUGCUGCUAUUGAGACAUCUGCAUAUUAAUAUUUCUCAAAAUGUAUUUCACUUAAAAAGCAAUUGUUAUUUUUAACCCGUUCUUGAGAAUCCCUGAUGUGCUGCAUUUAAGUUGGGGUUUGUGCCUCACUAUGUUGCUUAAUUGUACAAAUCAAAUAGAACUUUUGGUUGCCAAUUUAAAAUCUGUCAAAUGAAUUAGGAAGUCUCUAAACAGAAUCAACUUGUGCAUAGUUUAGUGCUCUGCUUUUGUUCAUCAUCGGUAAGUCAUUUUGUUGAUCCUCCGUAAGUGAGUGCUUCGGUUUUGAUUUAGCGUCUUAAUAUUCAUUUAUCAUUGUAUUAUGUCAAACAGAGGAGGAGCUGAUUACACCACCGCUUGAGACUGGCUUGAUUUUACCCGGAGUUACCAGAAAAUCUUUGCUCGAGCUGUCCAGACAAUGGGUAAAAUAUACUGGCCUCUGUUGUUGCGUUUGUAUAACAAACUUGGAGAAGUUAAAAUAAUUAGUAGUUUUAUCUUUUACUUUUUUUAAAGGAAAAAACUGCUUUUUUAAAAAUUAAUGACUUUUAUUUUUGUGGUCUGAUUAUCAUGUUUUAGACUAAGACAUGUUAAUUUUUAUUUUAUUUUUUAAAUUGGAUUAGUCGCUCAAAAGCUAUCAUAAUUAAAAUACUUGUUAUCUAUUUAAAUAUUUUAUACCUGGCAAAAAUGGAAACUAAAUUAAGUAUAAUGUCUUUUGACCAUAACUUUAUCUGUUCUGGUGUCAAAAAGGGUAAAUCCAGAUUUAUAUGACUUCAUUUAAUAGAUAUUUUUGCUUAAUUCUUCAUAAAAUUUGAAAGUUAUUUAAUAUACUUUAGUAAAAUUCAUACAUUUAAAAAAAAAAUUGCAUCGUAUGUAGUAGUGUGACGUCCUUGGGUAAAGGUUGGUGAUGGUGGUUGGGUGUACCAAGACUGACACUGACAGUUACUAAUAAAAAAAGGAAGGAAUUCAGGUCUCGAGGACUAUACUCUACAGGAAAAGUUCACUAUGACGAAAAGGGUCCUAAGGAAAAGUCUUAAGGAAAUGCUAAAGAAAAAAAAAGGACAAUAUAGAGCGUUCCAAUGGGCCGCACUGAACAAUGGCACACUUCAGGGAUGCUGUCCAAUCUCGAAUGACCCCCUACAUAGUGUGCACCCCUUUAUAAAGCCGUGCGCGGACAUAUGAGAGAGCCCCUCCGUCACACCGAAACCUAUUCGGCCUACGUUUUGCCUUCUGGCCGAUUUCCUGGAGUAAAAUGCCCAACUCUGGGAACGACACCUGAGUAAUAAUUAAAAUCCCUAACCAAGGCCCUAACGACUUAUAUAGGAUCUGUGCAGUUUUGUCUCAGCUCGCUAAGAUGCUAUUUUUAUAUUUCUAUAAGUUGACUAGUUUUUGAGAUAUUUUAACUAGAAGGGGUGGGGACCCCUAUGGAUGGAGGUGCAAACCCCUUUAUUGACUAAAUGUUAAAAUAUCCUCCAACGAUGGAGACUUGUAAAUAUGCUACGGAAUAGUGAAUACAAUCCCCUUUCUAACUAGAUAUAAUUUAUAACUUAAUACGCUAGGGUUCCCGAGAAAUAAAUGAUUGAAUUUGUAACUAAAGCCCACAUCGUGGUAUUUAAGUACCCCCCCCCCCCGAUGGGCGAGAGAAGCCGGCCGUACUGACCGGCGUGAAAGAGAUACCUGAGGUCAACAUUCCGACCUAGUGUUAGGCGAGGUCAUACCGCGCGUGGGGCGCCCAAACAUUGUUUUCGCCCUUAUAGCGGUUGUUUUAAAAUAACGGGGCCUUUUUUUUUUUUUCAAUCCAAUAACUAAACAGGAUCUACGUGUCUAUUUAAUGUUCCACUCUCUGACCCACAGGGUGAGUUUAAGGUGUCCGAGCAAGUGAUAACAAUGAAGAGGUUCACCAAGGCUUUGAAUGAAGGACGGGUAAGUGAGACAAUACUUUGGUUUGAGAGAUUUCAUCUACAUGCAUUCUUUCAACAUUUAGAAUCGAAUGUUCCUGCAUUCUCUAUAUUUUUUAGAAGCAACACAGAGGUGAAUGCAGAAAAAAAGGGGGGGGGGGUGGCUGUGGGGAGCAGGAGAAAGUGAACAUUUAAAAAUAUUUAACAAAUUUUGGAGAAAAAAAACGUCCGUAUAAUUGUGCCUAUGUUUUGGGUUGUCCUUUUGCGUGUCUUGUAUGUUUUGGGUUGUCCUUUUGCGUGUCUUGUAUGUUUUGGGUUGUCCUUUUGCGUGUCUUGUAUGUUUUGGGUUGUCCUUUUGCGUGUCUUGUAUGUUUUGGGUUGUCCUUUUGCGUUUCUUGUAUGUUUUGGGUUGUCCUUUUGCGUGUCUUGUAUGUUUUGGGUUGUCCUUUUGCGUGUCUUGUAUGUUUUGGGUUGUCCUUUUGCGUGUCUUGUAUGUUUUCCUGGGUUGUCCUUUUGCGUGUCUUGUAUGUUUUCCUGACAAUUGCAUUUUAGUAUUAAAAAAAUGCAUUGUGUAAAGUGAGUAUCUGGUUUGAUUGUAUUUCAAUUCUACACGGAAAUUACAGGAUAAAUGCUUUUAAAAUAAAUGCUUACAAAACUGCUUGGUGCACUUUAUAGCCACCAUUUAAAAGUGAAGAGUUUAACGGAUAUUUUUUUUUUUAACUUAAUUAUCUCAACUCCAGAAUGUAAUUUAUUUUUCCCCCGACUCAAAUCUUUAUAGUAAAUUACUUUUUAAAAGUUUGUCUGAGUUACCUAACUUUGUCCAAUGCCGAUGGACCGGCUGUUCAGUGCAGUUGCUGGUCUCAUCUUCAGCUUGUAUCUCGGCCGUUCACUGCAGUUGCUGGUCUCAUCUUCAGCUUGUAUCUCGGCUGUUCACUGCAGUUGCUGGUCUCAUCUUCAGCUUGUAUCUCGGCUGUUCAUUGCAGUUUCUGGUCUCAUCUUCAGCUUGUAUCUCGGCUGUUCAUCGCAGUUCCUGGUCUCAUCUUCGGCUUGUAUCUCGGCUGUUCAUUGCAGUUCCUGGUCUCAUCUUCAGCUUGUAUCUCGGCUGUUCACUGCAGUUUCUGAUCUCAUCUUCAGCUUGUAUCUCGGCUGUUCACUGCAGUUGCUGGUCUCAUCUUCAGCUUGUAUCUCGGCUGUUCACUGCAGUUGCUGGUCUCAUCUUCAGCUUGUAUCUCGGCUGUUCACUGCAGUUUCUCAUCUUCAGCUUGUAUCUCGGCUGUUCACUGCAGUUGCUGGUCUCAUCUUCAGCUUGUAUCUCGGCUGUUCACUGCAGUUGCUGGUCUCAUCUUCAGCUUGUAUCUCGGCUGUUCACUGCAGUUUCUGGUCUCAACUUCAGCUUGUAUCUCGGCUGUUCACUGCAGUUUCUGUUCUCAUCUUCAGCUUUGAUCUUUUCAGGUAAAGGAAGUAUUUGGAGCAGGCACUGCAUGUAUAGUGUGCCCUGUCAGCAAGAUCAUCUACCUGGGCCAGGAGCUUAACCUUGCGUCUGAUAUCAAAGAGUCUCUAACACAGAGGUUCUACAAGGAAAUCAAUGACAUCCAUGUAAGUCUGCCAACUUAACAGAAAGUGUGCCUACUUGUUUGUUUGUUUGUUUUGGGGUGUUUUGUUGUUGUUGUUGCUUUUACAGUCUAAAAGUACUAAAAAUUGACAUGCAUUGCUACAUUUAAAAAAUCCAUGGCUUAUGGCUAAUUCACUAAUUGUUUAAAAAAACAACUAUUUCCUAGUCAUAUUAUAUAUAACUGUUUCAUUAACUGUUUCAUUAACUGUUACUUUUGAAAUUAACUUGUUACCCAGAAAAAAUGAAGUAUUAAAAGGGAAUAUUCAUUAGGUAUAUGAAUACAUUUUUAAUGGUAGUAUUUUACGUAACAAUCCCCAGUUACUCAUGAUAGGUUUAUCAGUGCAAGUUACACUCAUUAGCAAAUGUUAAAGUGAUUUUGUGUGAUAUGUUUCUUGACAGUUUAGCUUUAAUGAGGUUGAACUAACACUCCUUACUAUUGUUGCAGUUCUACCGCAAGCCACAUCACUGGAUGGAGGAAAUUGAUGAUGUUGAGGAAGCUAUUAUUUAGGAUGGGGCCCAAGUGUUAGAAGGCCACUGUUGUGAGUGAGCGGAAGACACAUUAAAAAUUCACUUAGUCAUAAUCUCUUUCUUCCCAGUCAGGCUUUAGAGAAGAGUGCUGACAACACUGUUAAUCGGGGGUUGAAACGGUAUCAUUAUUUAUUCUAUUCCUGCUAGAUUUACAUACAGCACUUUGAACAUCAAACUUAGAUCAAUCAAAAUUAAAUAUAAUAAUAAUAAUAUCAAAACAAUUUCUGAAAUAUUGUGUAAUUACAAUGACAAUGAAAAUACUUUUAAAAGAGCAUGUUUGGCCUAGUUUAGCCGAUAUUUGUAUUUUGUUGUUUGAUAGUUAAAGUUAAAAUGUAUAUAGUAUAUGUAUACUGUUUUAUUUACACAAAUUGUAU